AUGCCUCGUGUAAUUGGUUUAAUGAGUGGUAGUUCAUUAGAUGGUCUUGAUAUAGCUUGUGUAGAUUUUUCUUCUAUCGGUGAUUAUCCUUCAGAAAAAUGGACAUUUAAUAUUGUUCAUGCUGAGACCAUGCCUUAUUCAUCUGAUUGGGUAAAAAAAUUAUCUACAGCUACGGAAUUAGAUGCUCGAUCGUAUCUUCUUUUACAUACAUCAUACGGACAUUAUUUAGGUCAAUGUGUAAAGGAUUUUAUUGCUAAAUAUAAUUUAGAAAUAAAUACUAUUGAUUUAGUUGCAUCACAUGGUCAUACAGUAUUUCAUGAACCAUGGAAUUCUAUGACUGGACAAAUAGGAGAUGGUGCUGCAAUUUCUGCUGAAACAGGUGUAUUAGUUGUCAAUGAUUUACGUGCGAUGGAUGUUGCAUAUGGUGGUCAAGGUGCGCCUAUUGUUCCAAUUGGUGAAAAAUAUUUAUUUGAGAAUUAUCGUCUUUUAUUAAAUAUUGGUGGAAUUGCAAAUAUAACUGAUCAAAAACAUCAAAUUGCGUUUGAUAUAUGUCCUGCUAAUCGUAUAUUAAAUAAACUUGUUCAACAAUAUUUAAAUAAAGAAUACGAUGAAAAUGGUGAAUAUUCAUCACAAGGUAAAAUCAAUGAAAAUUUAUUGAAUAAAUUAAAUGAAUUAGAUUAUUACAAAAAAUUCUAUCCAAAAUCUUUAUCGAAUUCAUUUGGCCUGGAUAUUAUUUAUCCAUUAUUAGAAUCAAAUCCAUCCAAUGUUCAUGAUGUUCUACGUACUUAUGUUGAACAUAUAAUACAACAAAUUUGUGAUUCAAUACAAAUGAUUAUUGAUAAAGAAAAACAAGAUAACUCAUCGUAUGUUAAUUGUAAAAUGUUGAUUACAGGUGGUGGUGCACAUAAUAAAUAUUUAUUUCAAGGGUUAAAAACUAAACUUCAAGAAAAAUUUCAUAUUGAUAUAAUCGAUUCAAUGAGUGAUGUAAUUGAUUUUAAAGAAGCUUUAAUUAUGGCUUUUAUUGGUUUAUUACGUAUACAAAAGAAAACAAAUGUUUUAGCUUCAGUAACUGGAGCAAAAUGUGAUACAAUUGGAGGAGCUGUAUGGAGUAAUUAA